CAAUGACACUCACCUUCUCUUUCCUCUGCUCAUUCCUUCCUUCUCUGCUCACUCCCAGGAGCCCAGGAACCUUCCUCGGGGUGAUGCUGUGGCCACUGCUGUUGCCCCUGCCGUGGGCAGGGUCCUUGGCUCAGAAUUCAGAGUACCAGCUGAAAGCACCCUCUUCAGUGGAGGUGGAGGAGGGUCUGUGUGUCCUUGUGUCAUGCAGUGUCCACUUCCCCAGCUUUCCCUCCCCCACGGACUCUGUGUUUGGCUACUGGUUCCAGAAUGGGGCCAAUAUAAAUUCUGACUCUCCAGUGGCCACAAACAACCCCAAUCGACAAGUAAAGGAGGCCACCCUGGGCCGAUUCCAACUCACUGGGGACCCUCAGAACAGUAACUGUUCCCUGCUCAUCAAAGAUGCACGCCAGGGUGACACAGGAGCAUACUUCUUCAGGGUGGAGAGAGGAAGUAUGAAAUACAGUUACUCAAAGAAGCCACUGGCUGUGAAGGUACUGGCUUUGACAAAGACUCCUGACAUCCAAGUCCCAGGGAACCUGAGUGCUGGCUAUCGAAGCAACCUCACCUGCUCCGUGCCCUGGGCCUGUGAGCAAGGGAAGCCCCCUCUCUUCUCCUGGAUGUCAGCUGACCUCACCCACAUGGCCUCUAGGAACACCUACUUCUCAGAGCUGACCUUCACACCCCGACCCCAGGACCAUGGCACCAACCUCACCUGCCGGGUGACUUUUCCUGGAGCUGGUGUGACCGUGGAGAAAACUGUCCAGCUAGACGUGUUGUAUGCUCCGGAGAAGCUGACCAUCAAGGUGUACCGGGGACAACACACAGAACCUGAGGUGCUGCAUAGCAACUCAUCUCUGCAGGUUCAAGAGGGUGAAUCCUUGCUCCUGGACUGUGUGGCUGACAGCAACCCCCAGGCCAAAGUGAGCUGGGAGAAACCGGAGCUGAAGUCCAACCAAAGCUCCACUCACCAGGUGCUGCAGCUUCCUCAGGUGACAUUAGAGGACCAAGGAAAAUAUAUCUGCCGAGCUCUGUACGUGCUGAGCGCUGUAGAAAUCUCCGUAAGCCUCAUCAUGAGGAAUCCUCUAGAGCUGCUGGGACCCUCCUGCUCCUGGGAGGCCGAGGGUCUGCUCUGCAGCUGCUCCUCCCGAGCCCAGCCGGCCCCCUCCCUGCGCUGGCGGCUGGGGGCGGGGCUGCUGGAGGGGAACAGCAGCAACGCCUCUUUCAAGGUCACCUCCAUCUCCAUGGGACCCUUGGCUAACAGCACCCUGAAACUCCACGGACGGCUCAAUUCUAGCCUCAGGCUCAGCUGUGAGGCCUUGAACGACCACGAGGCCCAGAGAGCCAUCAUCCUGCUGCUGCUGCAUCAGGACGUCGUGAAAGGGAAACCGGGGACCGAGACAGGAAUGGUUCAGGGGGCCAUCUUGGGAGCUGGUAUCACAGCCCUGCUUGCUGUCUGCCCCUUCCUCAUUGUCGUCAUAGUGAGAACCUACAGAACCAAAUCAGCGGAAAAAGCAGCGAGCAGGGAGGAGACAUGUCCUGCCAAGAGCAUUGUCUCCCGGAUGCUUCCCCCCAGUGUCUACGUGAGACGCUGCAGCCGGGGUGAUCUCAAUGCAUCCAGGUUACCCAGCCCUGAAAACCAUUCUUCCCUGGACACAGCCACAACCACAGCCACAGACACUCCAGGGCAGGAGCCAGAGCUCCAUUAUGCCUCCCUCAGUUUCCAAGGGCUGAAGCCCAGGCAGCCUCUGGACCCUGAGCACGCCCAGUGCGAGUACUCAGAGAUCAAGAUCCACAAGCUAUGA